AUGUUCUCUCAUCGAUUGCUUCUUUCUCUUGGACGACGACCUUUUAGUAUGACUUCACUGGAAGAGCAAGUUUCAACCCAGAAAGCCCUUUUCAAUCAACUCCGGUCAUCGAAUGCGGAGCCAUCUUAUCUCGAGGCGGCCAAAAAGAAACUCGGUGAACUGCAAAAGUCUCUAGCACAAUCCAAGGCUGCGACAAACGCGUCCGGUGAUGAUGGAGGAAAAAAACGCGAGCGUUUGCUGCUAAAGACUGCCAAGGGCACCCGCGACUUUGGUCCCGCAGAGAUGGCUUGCCGAGAAAGUAUUGAGCGCACGGUUAAGGAUUGCUUCAAAUCCUUCGGUGGGAGCUGUCUGGACACACCCGUCUUCGAGCGCAAAGACAUUUUAACGGGAAAAUAUGGGGAAGACGCGAAACUUAUUUUCGAUCUGAUGGACCAAGGAGGGGAACAACUGGCACUCCGAUAUGAUCAUACGGUGCCACUCGCUCGAUACCUGGCCAUGGCUGGGGGAACGAGCGCACAGUCAAAAAUUUGGCAGGUCGGCAAAGUCUACCGCAGAGACAAUCCCGUCAUGUCCAAAGGACGCAUGCGUGAAUUUUCACAAGCAGACUUCGAUAUUCACGGUUCAUGGGACCCAAUGAUUCCAGAUGCUGAGAUCAUCAGUCUUGUCUGUAAUGUUCUCACCAAGCUAAAUGUUGGCGAAUUUACUAUCAAGGCGUGUUAUGUGCCCUUCGUCCUCGAAUCCUUACGUCUGACACCAUCUGAACAGAUAAAUCACCGUAAAAUUCUAGACGGCAUCUUCGAAGUCUGCGGUGUCCCAGCGGAAAAAAUUCGUUCAAUAUCGUCCGCCGUGGACAAACUUGAUAAGUCACCUUGGUCCGAGGUGAAGAAGGAAAUGACGGCGGACAAGGGACUGGAUGAAGCUGUCGCAGAUGAGAUUGGAGAAUAUGUCAAGUUGAAAGGCGGUCCGGCUCUCAUCGACCAGUUGUCUGCUGACCCGAGGUUGGCGAACAAUGCAAGCGCUCAACAAGGACUCGCAGACAUGACUCUCCUCUUUUCCUUCUUGAAAGCAUACGACGUCGUUGACAAGCUCUCAUUCGAUCUUUCUCUCGCCCGUGGGCUAGACUACUAUACUGGAGUUAUAUAUGAAGCAGUUGUCGCAGCGUCCGCUCCACCCUCCUUCGAUGCAUCCACCACCACCCCAAAACCAAAAAAAAACAAAGCAAACCCCGAUGAAGAAGAAGAAAUUGAUGAAUCGCAAGUCGGCGUUGGGUCCAUCGCCGCAGGCGGUCGAUAUGAUAAUUUGGUCGGAAUGUUUACGGCCGCUGCAGCAGCGGAGGGUAAAAAAGCCCCAAGCAUACCGUGUAUCGGAAUCAGUUUCGGACUCGACCGAAUAUUCGCCUUACUUUGGCCGACAUGGGUUGAACGAGGUGGCCGGACAAAAGAAACGGUGGCCUAUGUUAUGUCAGCGGGAGACGGGUUGUUGGAGGAGCGCAUCAAGCUGGUCAAGGAACUGCGGGAAGGUGGAAUCCAGGCCGAUUUUUUGGCCAAGAGCAAACCCAAGGUCAAGCCGCAAUUCGAUGCUGUUGAAGCUGAUGAGGUCCCGUUUGCGAUCAUCAUUGGCGUUGACGAGGUCAAGCGCGGCGAGGUCAAAGUUAAGCAGCAGACUUGGAUGUUUGUUGACGGGCAGAAGAAGAAGGUCGAGAACAAGGACGACGGCAAGGUUAUCCUGCGUUCAGAGUUGAUUACAUGGCUCAAGCGAACGAUGGAGACACAAUAG